AAGCCCGAAAUGAACACACUGGCGCAGUGGAAGAAUUUCUAAUAUUCUUUACAACCUUACAAAAGGACAAAGAGUGAUGGCAGGAAAAAUACACAUUUGGUUUAGUUUAAAAUUUCUACAAUUAACCUAAAUACCAGAGGAGGAUACCAAAGGAAGUGGAGAGCUGGCGCAGCUGCAGCAAAUGAAUGCGAAGAAGUUUUGUCGAGGAGUUAUUUCCAAAGCCAUCGUCGUUUGAAGUUAGCCAGCCAGAUAGAUUGUGAAUAGGUCCAAAAUGACGACAAAAAGACGUUAUUCGCUAAGCGAAACGCGUAUAGAGGAACACCUCAAGCUAUUGGAGGAACUGGAUACACUACCAUUGGUAGAUAGUUGCUGUGAUAUUUGCCAUUGUGAUUGUUACAGUAGUCAUCGCAGUGAAGUAGUGGAGGAGAGUACUCACAGUGCCAGUAGGAUACAAAAAGAACGGAAAAGUGUAUCGUGCUUGAACGACGAAGUCGAAGGGAAAAAAAUUGCCAAGAAAAAAGACAGGGCUUCCAGCAAACCAUUAGCAAGUGAGCCAUCUUCUAAAUCUGCACUGCCAAAUGAGAAAUCAACAAUUCUUAAGCCAAAGCAAGCUCCGAACGAGGGGGAAAAUAAUUUGCGCAAAAAACGUAAACAAAAGAAACGCUCCAAAAGCGUGUGUUCACGCAGUCAAAGCCAAUGCUCCGAACGUCACUACACCAGAGAUUGUGAGAUUUUACAAGACCUCCUAACAUCAUUGGAUGAUUCCCACACACCACCUCUGGAAAUCCAGGGUAUGUGCAAAGAAUCAGCGAAAACCAUGAGAACUUCCAAAACUCCGCCACCACCUCCCCCAACUUCCGCCUCAACAAAACAAACAGCAUCGUCCACAAAACAAACUGCAUCCUCCUCUCAUCACUUUGAAAACUCAAAAACUCUAGCUCCCGUAAGGCUGUCCGAGUCCAUGGCCAAUUUGUGUAUAGUUCCCACAAUAAGAGACGCCUACCAAAAAGUACCUGCUCACGAUAAACGAAUUCUAAAUCGUAUGGCCACAAAACGCAAUGAGCAGGCAGUUUCCAAGGAAAAUGCUUGGCUGGCUCGCAAAUACUGGGAGAACGAGCGUUACGAACGUGAACUUUUGAAAUGUGAACAAAUGGAGGAGUAUAAAAAAGCAGUGCGCGAUAAACAAUUCCAGGACUAUCUACAGACAAAAGCUCGACUCAACGAAAUUGCCCAGCGUGAUCUGUGCGAGUUACAACGUUUACGCGAAUCCCUUCAACAGAAAGAUGCUCGCACCAAAAAACGUCUCCAAAAUCUACGCAUCGAACGCGACAUGUCCGUUAAUCAGAAGCGUUGUGAAGAGCUCCGCAAAGCCGAGCAUGUAAAUAUCAAUCAGGAGGAACUAAAUCUAGAUGAAAUGCUGAAGAAAAGCGAAAUAUGCCAACGGCUAACAGAGCGACUGAAACGUGCCGAUCACAUACGCAAUGCAAUGCUCGAUAAUUAUUUGAAACGUUUGCGAUAUGGUAACUACAUUGAACAAUUGCAGCAUGAAGAACACUGGCGUGAGCUUCAGCUUAGUGAAAAACUGAAACGCGAGCAAUUAAAAGAAGAGAUAACACGAAAACGCUGUCGUUCGCAACAUUUUGUUGAAGCCAAGCUAAAACACAACGAAGCAUUGAGAAAAACCGCUAAACUUUCAAAAAGUCUCCGAGAUCUGGUGCGAUCAUCGGUGACUCCAGAGACUGGUGUGAUGCUUUAUGGGGGACGAUGACGGGGGGCAAUGCUGGUUGUGGUGCUGCCGUUGGUCACACAACCAAAUUAAUAUUUGAUCGUCGACCGUUUUAAAAACACAACGAUUACUACAACUUUGUUUCUUAUCAUUAAAGUGUUAAAUAGAUAAAUAAAAUAUAUAAUAAAAUAAAGAGUUGUAUGGUACA